UCAUCCUAGCAUGCAUUAUAUCCAUAAUAUACAUUAUAUUGCCAACAAUAUGAAUGCUGCCAUGGAAUUGGCCAAUCCUACAUGGAAAGACGAUAUUUAUAUGUGGCGUCGUUUAGUACCAACAUGGGUUCCAAGAACAUUAAACUGGGAUUUAUCUGGCUUUCUUGUUAUCAACUUUAUGCACGAUUGGAAUGGUAUAAGGUUACCCUGCAUUUGCACUAAUGGGAAUGACCUGAGGACCAAAUUCUUAGUAGAAUUAUUGAAGUACAAGGACAAUGAAUCCAAAGACAACAUUCCAGAAGAAAUACAAGAAAUUAUUAGGCACAUUAGAUAGAUAUGAUUUUAUUUGUAAUGAUACUCAACUUAUUAUCCUAAUUAAUUUUAUUGCAUUUUA